AUGAUUAAAAAAUUACCUUAAGAAGUAAUUAAUAAAAUUGCGGCAGGGGAAGUAGUUUAAAGACCCUAUUCAGUUGUAAAAGAAAUGGUUGAAAAUUCAAUAGACGCCCAUGCAUAAAAUAUCACAAUUUAUUUAAAUAAUGCAGGGUUAGAUCUAAUCAGAAUUAUUGAUAAUGGAGAUGGAAUUAUGAAGGAAGACUAUGAAUUGUUAUGUGAAAGAUAUGCUACAAGUAAGAUUCGAGCUGCAGAAGAUUUAUUUCAAUUAUUCUCAUUUGGAUUCAGAGGAGAGGCCCUGGCUUCAAUAUCAUUUGUUUCUGAAAUGACAGUGAUCUCUAAAAGGAGAGAUCAAGUUUUAGGAUACAAAGGCACAUACAAUAGUCAGAAACUGUUGAGUAUGUGUCCUAUUGGAUGCUCAGAUGGUACAGAAAUUUAAAUAGCGUAAUUAUUUUAUAAUUUGGAAAAAAGGAGGUAAGCUUUGAAUAAAUCAGAGGAGAAAAAAUCUAUAUUGCAAUUAAUUUAGAGCUUGAGUCUUCAUCACUCUUCAGUUUAGUUCAAAUUAUUUUAUGAGAAUAAAUGUGAGUUCUCAUCUUUCAGUAGAUUGGAUACAAUUUCAUCUAUUAUGAAGAUUAACUAAUCAUGCAUUUAAGAGAAAUCUUUCAAUUCUGAUAUGUAUAAAUAUGAAUCUCAUCUGAUAUUUACAAAAUUGAGUUCUGUUAAAUACAAGAGGGAACUAUGCCUAUUCAUAAAUGACAGAUUUGUUGAUUGUGAUACUCUGAAAAAGAAAAUCACUCAAGCCUAUUAAGAUUGCUACUUGUGCCUACGAGUUGAAGAUGGAGGAUAUUAUGUUUAUAUAAGCAUAAAAUUGCAGCCAAAGGACAUAGAUCCAAAUGUUCAUCCAAAUAAAAAAAUAGUAAGGUUUUUGAAUGAGGAUGAAAUUAGUACUGAAAUAUCGGAAAAAUUGAAAUAGGAAUUAUCCCCCUAAUAAACAGUGAAAUUAGUACAGACUGUGUUAUUCCAACCAAAGUCUCAGGAAGAACAGAAAAAGAAUAGUUUUAGCUUUAAGUAAUCAAUUUAGAAUCAGCAACAAUAUUAAAAAGAGAAGGUCAGAAUUGAUCCAAAGACCUAGACGUUAUUAUAAUAAUUUGCAAAAAAGUCUCAGGCUUAAUUGUCAUAGAGCUUACACAGCAUGAUCCCAAAUACUUAAUCCCAAAAAAUAGAAGAAGAAAGUAAUUCAAUUAUUGAUGAAAGUAUAAAUAUAAAGUGUGAGAACCAUAAUUUGGAUGAUGAAUUAAACAAAAAUUAAAGUGUAAAAAUAAAUUAAGCAAACUAAGGAUCUAAAAUUUAAGAAGAAAAACAGCAGAUUUAGGUUUCUAAAACACAACGCUUUAAACUUUCUGUUGAAUCCUAAUUAGAAUUAUUUAAUAUUUUAUAGAAAAAGCAUCAUAAAGAAACUUAAGAGUUUUAUAAGAAUAUCUCCUUUGUUGGAUUAUUAUAAGAUUAAUAACAAUUACUAAUUUAGAAUGAUACUAAACUGUGUCUAAUAAAUGUAAUUCCUAUGAUAUUUAAUAUGAUUAUUGUUUAAAUAAUGCAAGGAGAAAUACCAGAAGGAGUCCUGCUAAUAGAGAGAUAACCAGAUUCAUUAUUACGAAUAAUUUGCUUAGAUUCAUAAGAGUAUUUUUUGCAGAUUAAUGAAAAUGAUAUUGAAACAACAAUUUAGUUGGCUGAAUACUUGUCUUUACUAAAUUACAGUAAUGAAUUUAUUAAAAAUUUUGUGCUGCCCUUUUUCAAGAAGUACAGUGUUUCAGUAAUAUAAAAUGAUGUUCAGGUAGUUCUAAGAUUGGAGGAUUUGUAUAAAUAUUUUGAAAGAUGUUGA